UCUGAGUCGAUUACGUUUGGAACAAUCAGUUGCUAGACAUGAAGAUCAAAGUACUAUUCCUCCUUGCAGCCUUCUUGAUACAACCUGCAUUGCCACCCUGAAACAAACUGAGGUGAGAUGGCAUUGAUUACAGCAGAUCAAGUGCAAGGUGCCUCUUGUGAGAUCAUAAGUUCUCAGUUCGCCGCUGUAAGUUUAAAUUGAUGGAUGAUCAAGAUCGUCCUCCAUUCAUUGGAUACAGUAUUUGCUUCGAUCAAUCUCGUGUCCUUUUCCUACACUCUCCGUUCUCUGUAUUCCAAGCCGAAUUCUAUAAGAACAUGCCCUAAUCCUCCGAAAACUACUAUUAUUAUUAUGCCCUAAAUUUGAUUCAAUGGGAACCCUAAUUAUUUUUCGAUCGUCUGAGAGUCUCUGUUAAUUUGUUCGUCUAUAUAUAUUGACCUCGGAGAUGAAUUCCCGGCGCUUCCAAUGGCUGUGAAACUUUCAUCUUCAAUAGUGUCCAGGAGAAUCCCCAAUUGGGUUUCUCUGAAAGCCAAUCUUUCUUCAAUUUCCUGCGCAAUUAAUUACCUCCACCCCACCUCAGAAUCCGACAAUUGUAUUCCUUCGAAUUCCCCCGAUUUGGAAGCGAAGAUUCAGAGAUUGAAGAACAACAAGCUUUGCUCAGCUACCUUAAUAUCGGUGCUGGAGGGAACCCCCGAUUUGAAUUCCUCCAUAAAGCUAUUCAAAUGGGCCUCCCGUCAGAAGCAGUUCCGGCCGACGGCGGAGACGUAUCGGAUGCUGAUUUUGAAGCUGGGCCUGGCCGGAAAUCUGUCGGAGAUGGAGAGGUUUUGCAAUGAAAUGGUGAGGGUGAGAUGCUGUGGUUUCGAAAAGUCUUUAUUGUCAUUGAUUGAUUCAUUUGUUGGUGAUCGUAGGUUUAGUGAAGCUUUAAGGGUUGUUUAUGCGAUGAAUUCAAAUGGUUGCAGUCAUCAUCUAAGUAUCGAAACUUUUAAUUCAUUGAUGCGUGUUCUUAUGGAGGAGAAGAGUGAUUUCAAGGAUGUGGUGUUUGUUUAUAAAGAAAUGGUGAAAGCGGGGAUUGCACCGAAUGUCGAUACUCUGAAUUACUUGUUGGAGGGGUUGUUCGAAUCCGGGAGAGUGGACACAGCCAUGGAUCAGUACAGGAGAAUGGGGAGGAAAGGGUGUGAGCCAAAUGUGAGGACUUUUGAGAUUGUUGUAAGAGGUCUUGCUUACGCCGAUCAUGUGGGAGAAUCGGUUGCCGUGUUGGAGGAGAUGUUUCGAUCCGGAUGUGAGGCUGAUGCGAAGUUCUAUGUGUGUGUUGUGCCUAUUUUUUGUGGAAUGAAGAAUCUUGAUGUUGGUUUGAGAUUGUUUGGAAUGAUGAGAGCUUCGAAUGUUGAUCCGGAUUGUGCGACUUAUAGUGCUGUGAUAAGGUGUUUGUGUGAGUUUCUUCGGUUGGAUGAUGCGAUUAAGCUUUUGGAAGAGAUGAGAGGUAAAGGGGUUAUGCCGGAGAGCCGUGUUUAUGUGGAUAUAAUCGAUGGGUUGUGUAAGUUGAAUAAAUUGGCUGAAGCUGAGGACAUUUUGGUAGAGAAUGGCAUCUUUGAUCCUUACUUGCAUAAUAUGAUUCUUGGAUCUUAUUGUAAGAAUGGCAUUUUCCCGAAAGGUAUGUUCGAUAAAAUGUUAGAAAGUGGUGCUCUUGAUGCUACGUCGUGGAAUAUUCUCAUCGGAUUCCUUUGUAAGAAAUCGAUGAUUGACGAGGCGUUGGAGUGGCUUUGUAGAAUGGUUAUUUCUUCUUUCCAUCCGAACUCGGAUACAUACUCAUCACUUAUUCUUGGCAACUGCAAAGCAGGGAAGUUUUCGAAUGGUUUGGACUUGUUUGCCUCUAUUAAAUCGAAAGAUUGGGUUUUGGAUUCUGUCACGUACGCUGAACUUGUGGAAUGUCUUUGUGAGACGGGAAAUGUUCGAGAGGCAGCCAAUGUGUUUCGCUACAUGGCAAGCAAAGGUUGUGCUCUUCGAUCGAGCUCAUUUAACUUUUUGAUCGGAAAAAUCUGUGCAGGUGGAGACGUUUACAAAGCAGUUGGGUUAUUACCAUUGGCGUAUUGCUGCGGUACGUUUCCUUUAGGCUAUGUGUACAAUAGUAUUUUGAGAAGCUUAUCGAAAGUAGGUUGGGAAGGUCAUAUCUCGGCAAUUCUUGCAAAAAUGAUCGUAUGCGGCUGUGUUUUCGAUUCAGAAACUUACAGCAUUGUUAUUCGAUACAUGAGCGCAACAAAUCAAGCAGGAAGCUGUGUUUCGGUAUUCAACUUGAUGCUGAGCGUAGGGGUCAUGCCGGAUGCGGAAGCAUUAGCUCGUUUAUUAUCAUGUCUGGCCAAGAAUUCUCGUGUGCAUUCGAUUUUGCGUUCGAUGGAUAAGAUUGCUCUUGAAUCAGAAUUUUUAGAUCCGGUGGUGUAUAAUUUACUUAUCCGUAGUCUCUGGAACGAGGGAUUCGAAACGGAGGCAAGGCGCGUGCUGGAUAAAAUACUGGAAAUGGGUAGGGUCCCGGAUGCUUCUACCCACGCAUUGCUCGUGGGUUCUGUCGAAACAGAUGAUGUGAAAGGGAAUCAUCGAAACGAUGAUAGUGUGAGUUGCAUACUCGAAGAGGGCCUGGGGAAAACAAAACGCGAUAAAAGAAGCCAUUCUUGCACGGUUUUUCGAUAGAUCAUAAGUUCCUGUGUCGAUACAGAACUAAUGCUGUCUUGGCGCCGAGGCAGAGCAGGAAUUCGAAAGAAGCACGGCGUUUGGGCUGGACGGAUGGGUUUUUGCAGAUCCGCUCGAUGGAAGGAAGCGAACCGAAUGCGACGACGGAGCACUUGCGGUAUCGGUGGUAUGUCUCCGGCUCUCUCUGUUUCCUUAGAUGUGUGUUCUUGUCAUGGUUUCUUCAGAAAAAAAAUGUGGAUAUAUUAUGUACAUAUAUGACAUUUUAUUUUAUGAUUUGGUGCAUGUUGUUGCUA